AUGGAGUUCAAAGAUCCUUAUAAACUUGUUGAACAAAUUUUUACACCUUUAUCUCAUUGUAUUCCAGAAAGUCUCAAAGCAGAGAAAAAGAGUGCUGGAUAUGGAUUUUUUUAUGGGAUAUUCCAAACUACUAUUGAAUCAGCUUUCUUUGGUCAAGUUAUUAAUUAUUCAUUUUUAACUCAUGAAGCACACAAAAAAUAUAAUUGGAACCCAACUAUUGUUUAUAAAACAUUUCCAAAAAAUUUAAAUAAUUUAAUUCCAUACUAUUCCACUACUCGUGCUCUUCAAUGUGGUUAUCCAAAAACACAAAAAAGAAAUUGGAUGAUUAGAACAUUAACACCUAUUAUUGUUCUUCCAUAUGAACAUAUUUUAUCAUUUUUUACUCAUAAAUUAAUUCCAAGUAUUCCAAGGCCAAUUUGUUCAGUUUAUCAAAACAUUAUUCCAUUUACUAUGAUGGAAUUAAUAUUAGAAACUUCUUCAUCAAUUAAGCCAACUGUUCAAAAAGCAUUAAGUUGUAUUGUUUCAAAUGGAUGGGCACAAUUAGGAACUGCUGCUAUUGGAAAUGCAUUUGGUUAUUUAAUGAACCACCCAGCAUUUAUUAUUAACACUUUUAUGAAACAACAUCCUGAAAUGGGAUUUAUUCAAUCAGUUAAAUAUAUUUCUGCUACUAAAGGUAUUAAAGGUUUUUAUGCUGGUUCAAUUCAUAGAUGUACCAGAGCAGCCCAUUCAGCAGCCGUUACAAGUCUUGCUGGUGUUGCAUUUGAUACUUUAUUCUUGAAAAAGAAUAAACCAAAAACAGUUUCUAAAAAGAUGAAACUUUUCUGGCUUUUUUAA